AUGAAUAACUCCAAUGGAACUAAAAAGAGGAAACAUACUCCAAGUGAAACAAGAAAGCUAGCUCAAGCAUCACGUAUACUAAAAGCUUGUGAUAAUUGUCGAAAACAAAAAACCAGAUGUUUUAGAUCACCAGAAAAUCCAAAUUCAUGUGUCCGAUGUCAUGCAUUAAAUAAGUCAUGUUCAUUUGAAACAUUUAACUUUGAUCCAUAUUUCACUGAUAAUAACAAACUCGAUUUGAUUUAUAAUGGAAUUAACGAAGUUUUGGGGCUAUUAAAAAAUACCCCCACAAUGGUUGCAACUCCAAUAUCUAAUAGUAGUUCGAUCAAUCUGCAACAACAGGAAAAUGAAAAGGAGGAUUCUAAUGAAUUUGUCGAUGAUAGCACACAAUUCCAAUCACCUCCAAGCUCGUUCAUAACCAGUCCAUUUUUAAUUAUUUCAAACCUGGUACCAGAAAGUGUUCCUUCACCCAUACAUAAGUUGUUGAAUCCAAGCAAAUACCACAGCGAGCCUAAUGAUGUCAUAUCACUUUCUAUAUUAUCUGAAUCCGAUGCAAUUACAUUAAUGGAUGAGUUUAGACGGGAUUUUGGUAAAUGGAUCUCACUACCAAUUUAUAUAUCAACUAAGGAUUGGAUAGACGAGAUAAGAAUAAAAUCAUCCCUUUUACUAACAACAGGUUGUUGUAUUACGAUUGGUAAAACAACAAGCUCUCUACCAGUUGAGCUAUCUAAUAAGUUGAUACAAGAUAUGAAUGAAUGUAUCUUGAAGUAUUCAUUCUAUCAUAGAAAAGAUGGAAUAAUUGAAUUUUUACAAGCAAUGGUUUUACUAUCAACGUAUCUGAUAUCAAUAUCAUCUUUGGUUCUAGAUUCUGAAGCUAACCUAGACCUGUGGACAUUAUCACAAAUUGGAUUAAGUACAUUUAUUUCCAGUUCGACAUUUGGUCAUUUAAAAGCAACUAAUGACGACAUAACCUUAACUCAAUUAAGAAUAUACAAUCAUUUAUGUCUUACUCAUUUAUUUUAUUGUAUGAUAUCUGGACGAAUGUGCAUAAUUGAUGAAAUUAGAAUUAAUCAAUGUUAUGGUACUUUAAGUUUAUUAAAUGCCACCAAUUUUGAUGGAAGAAUGGUCGCUGAGAUAAAUAUGAUACUUAUUACUUAUACAUUUAUCCAAUUGAAUAACAAUGUACAGGAUUUAUCAGAAUUAGAUCACAAUUUGAUGAAUGUGUUGGAGGAAACUAAAUUAUGGUACCAACAAUGGGAAUACUUAUUUUCACAACCUACCAUUCAAUUUGUAGAAUUGAAUUAUCAUUUUUGUACAAUUUUGAUAUAUUAUGGAUAUGAAUAUCAUAAAAGCAAAAUAACUGGCCGUAAAGUUGAAUUCUUGUCCAAUGCUAGUUUGAAUGUUUUGAAUUAUGCUAAUGAAUUCUCACUCAUUGAGAUGUUUAACCAUGCUUAUUCUUUAGUUAAGGAAAUUAACAAUUUAGAGGAUGAUAUUGGGUUUUCUUAUCUAUCUGAUCAAAUUCAUUUCUGUUUCUAUUUUGCAGCUUUGUGUUUGAUUAAGAUUUUAUAUCAAUGUACUACAGGAAAAGGAUAUAGCGAGCAAUUAUCAGAGAAGGAAAAUGUUAUGGAGGUAGUAAACACUUUAGUUGAUAAAUUUUCAACUAUAUCAAGAGGCGAUUCAAAUAAUGCUGCAUUCAAGUACAAAUCAGGGAUCGAACAAAUUUUACAACUGCAUUUCCCAGAGUAUAGUGAUUCUUCCUAG